AUGCCUCACGCUACAGAGAUACCUGCUAACGAUCCGACACAUAUGGAGAGCUCUAUCUCCUCGCCAAUACCAAUCCCAAGCAUGCCGUCAACGAGAACACAUGCUUGGAACGAACAACAACCCAUGACUUAUACUGCGACCGCGCCAACUCCCUCAUCGGCCGCCCCAAUCGAAACCACGGCUUCUCUAGAGUACAAUCCAUUUCUGACAUCACUCUUGAGUUCUGAAGAGUUGAUUGAUGUCUACGGUGGCAGUUACGAAAUUGAUGAUCAAUUAUACCAAGCAUCUUCUUUGAUCUCCGACUCGAAAAAGUUUGAAAAUCCAUCUUUUAAAUGUUGCGGCCUCGUGUUGGACUGGCAAGCCCUUCACAGACACAAUCAAACACGACAUUAUCCUUCUGACAGCCUGCCUGUAGGAGACUGGAUCGGUUCUGUGACACCCACUACCGAGGUCUUUUCAACGUCCCCAUAUCUCAAUCUUUCACCACGAUCCUCACCUAAAACUCCACGUGACGGUCAAAGCCCUCAGAUAAGUGACGUCAUGGAAACAUCGCCGAGUUCGACCGUUACCGCUCUUGCUUCAUCUUCGCCGACCACCAAAAAGUCUCAGUCUAACGCCACAGCUCAAAAUAUUGCACAAGGAUUACUUCAUAACUAUCAACGAGCUCAAUCGCUGUGGGCUCUAGAAAACUGCGAUCCGCACAAUAUAUCGUGCCAACGUCAAUUAUCGCAGAGCCUGCCACAAUUCGACUCUGACAACACCAUGGAACUUAUUCCUGCAUUGGCAGGAAAUCAACAGUAUGUUAUCCCUGGACUUUUACACCAAAGCAAUAUCGGGGGCAUAUCUGUGACGUCACCAGUACAUAAUGUUAAUGCUUCGGUUGGCAUACGAUUCUCGGAUUCGCCUCUGAUUGGGACAGCUUUAGUUGACUAUAAUGAUCCGCAAAGGCGUCGUUCAGCUCCUUCUAUUCUACCUUCGACCACCCAAUAUACGAGUUCAAUCGAUUUGAUGUCUGUUCCGUACGCCCCUAACUACGCCUCGUCCAACACAAUGAGACAAAUCGCAGUUUCUCCAACAACGGGAUAUCCAACUUCUGAGGAUGUUACUCCAGUGUCUCUGUCUCAUGCGAGCACUCUCACAACACGGUGUGAACUGAAUAACCUGACCUCGCCAACUUCUGCACCAUCAUCGUUGUCGAUAAAUACUACUCGUUUCACAAACAUAGACGUUCUCGUUGCAUCCCCAACUGAGAUUUGUCGCAUGCCUGAUCAUGACAUUACUUCGACUUUUGCAUUUAAUUCCUCAACAAACUCUGCAUUCGCAACAACUGGUCAUACAGUUUCUUUGGCGGAGGUUUAUUCUGGGCCACCAGGAACAUCUAAACCAAGCAAGAAAAAAUCUAGAAAUACUGCAGGUGGACAGUUAAUAAACAACGCUCAAACAUGCAUAUCUUCUAAUACAUGUUGGAUCAGGAAUAAUGAUAUGAACACAUCAAGAAACGAACAGGGCCAGGAAGCACCUGUUCAUGCUCCUCGUGGAUUGAAACGAACGCAGUCAUGUCCCACAGACUCUACCGCAGCAGCAAACAAACGACGUACAAUGCAGCCUAGUCAAUCGGUUGUUGCUACGACUCCUCUUGUUUCCGUAAUUCAGUCUUCUCCUGAUGCAUCCGCCAUAGUCAAAACUUCAACCGUUGCGGAAGCUGAAGCAAGUAAACCCUUUCGAUGUACUGUCGUCGGGUGUCCGAAGACAUAUAAGAAUGCGAACGGUCUUAAAUAUCAUAAAGCGCACGGUCAUAGCACUCAGUCAGGGAAUGGGGAUCGUUGCGCUGAAAAACCCUACAAGUGCGACAUCGAUAGUUGUACGAAAGCUUAUAAGAACCCAAAUGGUUUGAAAUACCAUUUAGAUCAUCAUCAUCCAGGGUAUGUUAAACCCACCAACGGAUUGAAAUAUCAUCUGGAUCACCAUAAUUCAGGACGCGGCCUCCAAGUCAUUAAUACCGCGGUCGUAGGGGCAGGCCAACAAAUACCUAUUUCCCAAUAG